CCACGCCCCCUUCCAGCUUCUCUCUCCUCGUCACUUCCUGGAGGCGGACCGGACCGCGGGGAGACCCUUGGUGACGGGGCUAGGGAGGCGCAGGCGGGCUCCAUGAUGGCGGCUGGGAGGCAGCCGCGACUGUUCCGGGGCCCCGCGUGGCGAUUGUUGCCGCCGCUCCCGCUGCUCGCAGCCGCGGCACUUCCGCGUUGCCGCUAAAGGGAAGCGCCCAGCCCCUGCGCUGAUGGGGAGCGGGAGCAGCGGUUGCGAAAGAAGACGACAAAGAAGGCGGCGGCAGCAGCAACAACAACAGUAACAAUAAUAGUGGCAGUAUCGCUCUGACUGGUGGCAAUUUUUGUUUUAGCGGGUGGAGUUGAGCGGGGGGGAAGGAAAGCCUCGCCCGCAUCGAAGGAGUGGGAACCACCGUGAAGCCGGUCGAGGGGAUGUUGCGGUGGAUCCGACAGCAGCUGGGUUUUGACCCACCACAUCAAAGUGAUAACCGAACUAUUUAUAUAGCAAAUCGUUUCCCCCAGCAUGGCCAUUAUGUUCCUCAAAAGUUUGCAGAAAACAGAAUAAUAUCUUCUAAGUACACUGUAUGGAAUUUUGUACCCAAAAAUUUAUUUGAGCAGUUCAGAAGGGUAGCCAACUUUUAUUUUCUUAUUAUAUUUUUGGUUCAGCUUAUGAUAGAUACCCCUACAAGUCCAGUUACCAGUGGAUUGCCAUUGUUUUUUGUAAUAACUGUGACGGCCAUAAAGCAGGGCUAUGAAGAUUGGUUACGCCACAAGGCAGACAAUGAAGUGAAUGGAGCUCCAGUGUACGUUGUUCGCAGUGGUGGCCUUGUAAAAACUAGAUCAAAGAACAUUCGGGUGGGAGACAUUGUCAGAGUAGCCAAGGAUGAAACUUUCCCUGUCGAUCUUGUACUUCUGUCCUCUGAUAGAGCAGAUGGCUCUUGUCACGUUACUACUGCAAGCUUGGAUGGAGAAACUAAUCUUAAGACGCAUGUUGCAGCCCCUGAAACAGCAGUAUUGCAGUCAGUUGCCAAACUGGACAAACUGGUAGCUGUGAUAGAAUGUCAGCAGCCAGAAGCAGAUCUUUACAGAUUUGUUGGACGAAUAACAGUAAGUCAACAAAUAGAGGAAAUAGUACGACCACUUGGGCCUGAAAGUCUCUUACUUCGUGGAGCAAGAUUAAAAAACACCAAAGAAAUUUUUGGUGUUGCCGUAUAUACAGGGAUGGAGACAAAGAUGGCAUUAAAUUACAAGAGCAAAUCACAGAAACGAUCAGCAGUAGAAAAGUCUAUGAAUUCCUUUUUGAUUAUCUAUCUAAUAAUCCUCCUUUUUGAAGCAGUCUUAAGUACAAUAUUGAAAUAUGCCUGGCAGUCUGAAGAAAAGUGGCAUGAACCUUGGUAUAACCAGCAAACUGAUCAUGAGAGAAACAGCAGUAAGAUUUUGAGAUUUAUUUCAGAUUUCCUUGCUUUCCUGGUCCUUUACAACUUUAUUAUCCCCAUUUCACUUUACGUGACAGUUGAGAUGCAGAAAUUUCUAGGAUCUUUUUUUAUUGGUUGGGAUCUUGACCUCUAUCAUGAAGAAACAAAUGAGAAGGCCCAAGUAAAUACUUCAGACCUCAAUGAAGAGUUGGGACAGGUAGAGUAUGUGUUUACAGAUAAAACUGGUACAUUAACUGAAAAUGUGAUGCAGUUUCGGGAAUGUUCCAUUAAUGGUAUCAAGUACCAAGAGAUCAAAGCCAAACUAGUUCCAGAAGGACUGAUUGAGGAUGUUCCAGAUGGAAUACAGCCUACACUGACAGAAGAGGAAGAAAUCUUCCUGAAAGCUGUUUGUCUCUGUCAUACAGUGCAGAUUAAUAAUGACCAAACUGAUGGUAUUUGCGACAGUCCUUGGCGUAGCAAUGGCAUAGCAUCUCAGCUGGAGUAUUAUGCCUCCUCCCCAGAUGAAAAGGCUUUAGUUGAAGCUGCCCGCAGGGUUGGUGUUGUGUUUACUGGAGCAAGUGCAGAAAGCAUGGAGCUUAAAAGCUGUGGAAAGCCAGAAAGGUACAAGUUACUACACAUUCUAGAGUUUGAUGCGGAUCGCAGAAGAAUGAGUGUAAUUGUAGAAAGUCCAUCAGGUGACAAGCUCUUAUUCACCAAAGGAGCAGAAUCUGUUAUUCUUCCUCGCAGCAAAAGUGGAGAAAUAGAGAAAACAAGAAUUCACGUGGAUGAAUUUGCUUUGAAAGGAUUAAGAACUCUGUGUGUAGCUUACAGAAAAUUUACAGCUAAGGAGUAUCAGGAAGUGGAAAAGCGCCUUUUUGAGGCAAAAACUGCUUUACAGCAGCGAGAAGAGCGAUUGGCAGAGGUUUAUAACUUCAUAGAAAAAGACCUGGAGUUACUUGGAGCUACAGGAGUAGAAGACAAGCUCCAAGACAAAGUCCAAGAAACCAUAGAAGCUCUCCGGCUGGCAGGCAUUAAAGUGUGGGUGCUCACUGGCGACAAGCAUGAAACGGCUGUUAGCGUCAGCUUAUCAUGCGGGCACUUCCAUAGGACCAUGAACAUUCUGGAACUGGUACAGCACAAGUCUGACAGUACGUGCGCAGAGCAGCUGAGGCAGCUAGCCAGGAGAAUAGAGGAGGACCAUGUAAUCCAGCAUGGGCUGGUGGUGGAUGGGACCAGCCUCUCCCUUGCACUCAGGCAACAUGAGAAGCUUUUCAUGGAAGUCUGCAGGAAUUGCUCUGCUGUGCUGUGCUGCCGCAUGGCACCUCUACAGAAAGCAAAGAUUGUGCGACUGUUAAAAACCUCUCCAGAGAAGCCUAUCACAUUAGCCAUUGGUGAUGGGGCUAAUGAUGUGAGCAUGAUACAAGAAGCUCAUGUAGGGAUAGGUAUUAUGGGCAAAGAAGGAAGACAAGCUGUAAGAAACAGUGACUAUGCAAUAGCAAGAUUUAAAUUCCUUUCCAAGUUACUUUUUGUCCAUGGCCACCUUUAUUAUAUUAGAAUAGCAACCCUUGUACAGUACUUUUUUUACAAGAAUGUAUGCUUUAUUACACCACAGUUUUUAUAUCAGUUCUUUUGUUUGUUUUCACAACAAACUCUGUAUGACAGUGUGUACCUGACUUUGUACAACAUUUGUUUCACUUCCUUGCCAGUCCUCAUGUACAGUCUUUUUGAGCAGCACGUACACCCUCAUGUGUUACACAGCAAGCCAACACUCUAUCGAGACAUCAGUAAAAAUGCCCACUUGGGCUUUAAGCAUUUUCUUUACUGGACCUUCUUGGGAUUCUGUCAUGCGUUUGUUUUCUUCUUUGGCUCAUACCUUCUGAUGGGAGAAGACACUUCUUUGCUGGGAAAUGGCCAGAUGUUUGGAAACUGGACUUUUGGUACUCUAGUCUUCACAGUUAUGGUUAUAACCGUUACGAUGAAGAUGGCUUUAGAGACGCAUUUCUGGACGUGGAUAAACCAUUUUGUUACCUGGGGUUCCAUUGUGUUUUACUUUGUGUUUUCCUUGUUCUAUGGGGGAAUUAUCUGGCCAUUUUUGCACACCCAAGACAUGUACUUCGUAUUUGUUCAGUUGCUGUCCAGUGGCUCCGCUUGGUUUGCUAUAAUCAUCAUAGUUGUCACUUGUUUGUUUGUCGAUAUUGUGAAAAAAGUACUAUACAGACACCUGCAGCCCACGAGUACAGAAAAAGCCCAGCUUACUGAGACAAGUACAGGUAUCAACUGCUUGGACUCCAUGUGUUGCUUCUCAGAUGGAGAAACAGCAUGCUCGUCUCUUAGAAGAAUGUUGGAACGAAUAAUGGGAAGAUGCAGCCCGACUCGAGUCAACAGAUCAUGGAGCUCUACGGAACCCUUCUAUACCAACGACCGAAGCAUCUUGACGUUAUCCGCAAUGGACUCAAUCGCAUGUUGAGACUUUUCUGUGUCUUGUGGAAAUCCUUGUCUUUGCUAACAUAAUAGUUUACAAGCAGAUUCACGGUACCACAGUACUUGAUUAAACAAAUUUCCCACCCCAUCCCCAGUCACAUAAGAUUUUAAAAAGAAAGAAAGUAUCAAGAUGGAGUCCUAACACAGCUUGUUUAGGAGCUCCAGCCCUUUGAAGUUUUGUUUCAUUUUUUCCCUCAGUAUAUUUCUUUGGAAAGAAAGAAAAAAAUGCAUGCUAAGCUGUGGGAAACGGUCUGUCUAUUUUUUCCUAGAAUGAUGAACGAUUUAAGGAGAUUUUCUUCUGGGUUCCCUGCCAAAUUCCUUCUGUGGAAGUUUCAUUUGAAUGUCACUGUAAGGCAAUUAUGGGUGGUUCUUCUACAAAAUGGUUGAUUUUGAAGGUUUCAGCUUGUCAUUUGCAACAAAUUGUGUUUAAAAUGUCAUUUAUUGAAGCUGAACCCUAUUAGUAUUUUUUCAAAUGGAUAGUUUUGAUUUUCCAUGAUCAAGUCAAUCAACAAUAUUAAGUUGGAAUCUCUUAAAAAAGAGAGGCAAUUGCUCUCCAGAUUGCCAUGCUAAUAUGAAGAUAAUCAAGGUAUGACAUUACUAGCCAGCGGCUCUACAAAUUGAAAACUUUUUUACACUCUUGUUAAAGAACCUGGAAGGAGUUUGAAUAUGGAAAAUCAUAACAAAGCCAUGUUGAAUAAAUUAUAGUCUUGUUCCCAAGGCAUGCAUGAUCAGGGAGGCACUUUUUGUACAUAUAUUUUUCUCAAUAUAUUUAUUUGGGUCAGAUUAUACUCUUGAGGACAGCAUUUAUAAAUCGUUAUUCUCCCUGUUUUUGCAGUGGCUGCUAAGUUAGUGGCAGCUUUUGUAUGAAUCCUGUGCCCUUUGGGGACAUACAGGAGUUCAUAUUGCAAAACAUAAUGUCCAUGCAAAUAACUUGCAUGUGUACUUGCACUGGGGCUUCCUUUCCCCCCCCCCCUUGUUCUAAAUCAAAGGCUGCUUCUGGGCCAAACAUGUCACGAGUGAUGUUGAGAACAUCAACCUCUGCAUGUCCUUCCUAUUAAAAAAAAUAUGUAGCGUGGAUGCAGUUUCUGCAUCAUGGCUCGACUGCAUUGGCUACUGCUGGAGAGGCUGGAAACCAAGUGCCAAGGGAUCACAUCACAUAUCUCCUUUUGCCGGGCAUCAGUGAGGUUACUGCUCUCACCGGCCACUUGCCCAAUGCUUCUGCUUUGGAAGCCCCACUUCUCUCCCCACCCCAGUGUUUUGAAGUAGCAUCUCUAGCUAAGUAAGGUGGCUGCUUCCAAAAAUGAGGUGAGCCUCAGGAACACCAUCUUGUGCAUGGAGCUCAUUGCAUGCACCAUAUUUUUGUAAAUUGUAUCACUUUUAGUUUGGUCUGCAAGCACUGAAGCUUUUACACAAGUUAAUGUUUUCUGUAGGAGGAGAGAGAACCCUUCAGUAUAUGCCAGCAGCAUUUUGGCACAGCUCCAGUGCAUCUCCACUUAGAUAUGCAGGAGAAGAAAAAACUUCCCAGUGGACCUUUUGAUUGGAUAUCUGCUGCUGGCAUCAGUAAUUUUGGUUUCAUGUUCCAUUUUGUUUUUCUUCAAAUGCCCUUAUUCAAAAGCAGUCCAUUUGGGCAUUGACAUAAACCACUCAUUCAUACUUGCUGUUGCCCUCCUGGAUUUUCCAUUUCAUCUUUUCAUGCAAACUGCUAAAAAAGGUAUCGGACUUCACAAAUAAUCCGGCUCCAAGCAUUUAUUGAAAUACAUAACAUAAAGUACUUUUUUAAAAAAAAUGUUUGAAGAGUUUUGAAUUUUAAAUAUUUUUGUCCACAGCUGCACAAUUCUUAUUUGAAGAGUGAUUGACUUCAUUUUUUAAAAAAAAUUUACCAUUUCUCCCUCCUCUUUCUCCGCUCCUUCUCAGUGUGUGUAAGGGUGCAGAAGAAGCAUGUAUUUAAACAAAUGCAGGAGAAGUAUAAGAUUCCAUCUGUCCAAACCAUGCAUAAUUUUCUGUCUGAGAGAAAAUCAAACAAAGAAGAUUUAUUUCAUGGUACCAUUUGUUUGUCUGUGAUAAACAGGACCUGGGUCAAAUGGAAGCAGAGAGAAUAUAUUUUGCAUUGGACUACAAAUGCUUUUGUAAUUUCAUCUUUUUUUAAAAAAAUGUAUUUUGGUUACUUGAUAGGAUUAGUUCUAGAUUCAAAUUUAGGCAGAAAUGUAUGCAGAGCAAAAAUGAAUCAAGUGCAGAUUUCAUACCUGUUAAGAUAAAAGCCAAGAAAGGGAAAGUGGGCUGGUUUGCCUGCUUUAUUUUUUUUUUGGAUAUGGGACAAGUUGUCUAAGUCACUCCAGUCCUCCAGGCACAACUUAGUGUCAAAUUAGCAUUGUGUAUCACUGCCUCCUUGACAGAAUCUGAACUGCAAAAUCUCUUGUUCCAACUUGAGAGUUCACCAGUCAAGUGUUCGUACAAGAUUCCCAGUCCAAAACGAUAUGAGAAUCCUAAUGAGUCUGAUACACCAUCUGAGCUAGUCCUUCUGUGUUUACACGAGUGUGGAGGCCUCCACUCCAGUAGGAUCUAAAGGAAGGAGCUCUCUUUGAAAUGGAUGGCAGUGGAGAAUUGUGUGUGCUUCAAACCCUGGCUUUGCUCUUUAGAACUGCUAGAUAGAUUUGAGGCUGCUGGAGGUACUUGAGUGAUUUCAGAAAGCCAUCUGCUCUUACAAAACAUAGCAUCAUACAUAACAUGGAUUGUCCUCUGCAUGGCUUUGGGUAGCUGUAUGUGUUGCUUCAAGUUGGCCAAGACUUUUUAUUGUUAUUUCAAUCUCUACCUGCACAUAGCCAGCUUGUGGUAACUCCAUUCGUAGUGGGGUGUGGCUGUUUAAAGCAUCACAAACCUGUAGCGUUCUUUUCAUCUUGUACGGGGGGAAUUAAGGCUGAGUGGAAUCUCUGUUUGAAAAUAUUCUAAUGCUGGUUGUUUUGUGGAAUGCAAUAUUCAAAUGUAUAUAACAAGCAAUCAGUGCAACAGUUCCACAUCAAAAUGAAAAAAACAUACUUCAUAUAGGGCUGGCUUAAGUGCCCAGUAGAAAGGCUGUUAAAAGCAGCCAAGCUGCUUCCUAUAACCCAGAAAGAGGAAGGGUUUUUUAAAAAUUUUAUCUGUUUAUUGCUAUUAGUAAUUUUGCCUUUUUCAGAAACUCCAUACCCACACCCUUUAAAAAAAAACUUGUGGCUGGCUUCCAACUUUUUGUGUAGAAUGUUAGCAAAGCUGAGCCUCCAGUGGGCACAAGGGAUGCAUUGCCUAACACUGAAAGCCCUGGGGCAGCCCCUGCCAAUGUCCAGUUCUCUCUUUGCCUAUUGGGUCUAUGCGCUCUCCCUGGGCCUUUGGCUACAAAGUGUCUGACUUAGAACUGGAGCCACAAUAGCUCGGGGUAGAGUGCUUGUUUUGCAUACAGAAGGUUCCAAGUUCAUUCCCUGGUAUCUCUACAUAGGCGCCCAAAAGACUUCUGUCUGAACCUCUGGACAGCUGCUGCCAGUCAGUGUAGACAAUGCUGAGCUAGGUGGACUUGUGACCUGACCGGAUCCAUGACAGCUUCCUUUAACACACACUACCACUGCGAUAAGGAUGCUGUUGGAACCUGUCACGGCUCCACCCCCUGGGGAUUGUAACUUGGUGCAAAUACUACAGCUUCUCUGUUAGAGAUCGCAAACCCUUACAGAACGAACUUCUAGGAAGAAGGAAUGGCAAACCAGUACAUCUGCAAUUUGGAUAGGAUCUGAGGGAGCAAUGUGAAUUAAACCAGUGUCCCACAUUGGACAAGUGGUCCCUGACUCUGGAAAAGUUGAAGAAUGUACAGGCCCAGCCUUUGCUCUCGCCAUGGAAUAACACCAACAGUGAUGUGGAGAUUGCCACCACUGUGGCCAUCUUUAUCCUUUUCGGUUGCUGUGUGUUUUACCAAUUCAUUGUACUUUCAUAAUAGCUGACACACAAUGGAGUGAAAGUUGUCUGUGAUUCAGAAACUCUCAGAGGUAUAUGAUGACAUUUGGAAGUAUAUUGUGAAUGAUUUAAAGCUGCUUUUUUGUCCACGUCGUUGGACUACAAUUCUUAUCAGCUUGGUUGGGGAAAGCUGCUUUAAAGAUUCCCCCUGGCCCUGCAGUAAGACAGGUGCUCUUGGAGGUCGCUGAUUCAUAGGGUCACCAUAAGUCAUAGUCGAAGGCACAUAACAACAACAAAAAUCAUGCUCAAGCCUGCUUGUGCGCACUUAACUGCUGCCGUAUUAGUUGGAAUUUUACAUGUGAGUAAACUUGCAUAGGAUUGUGCUGUGUGAUUACCCCAUUUCAGUAAGACCAAAAGCAUCACUCAUCAUCUCUGGCUUGGGGCAAAAUGUGUGUUUCAAGAAAAACCAAUGUAACAGAUAGUGCUAAUUGUUUGUUCCCUGUUUGCAAAAAGAACUGUUACUUCAGAUAAGGCCUAUUUUUUUCCCUUUAGCUGUGGGCAAAAGAUUUACACACUCCUUUUUAAGAAUCUAGGAGAUAAUUUAUUUUUAAAAUGAGGGUUUUUUUAGAUAUGAGAAACAUUAUUUUUAACUAUGCCAAAGACUAUGCUUCAUAAAACAUGCUUGAUCCAAGGUCUUGUUAAUUGUUCCUCAUGCUCAUGAAGAAACAGUGAGCCUUCUUGAUUCUUUGUUUUGAACCAAAUAUGGUUGAGUGCGCUCCUCACCAGGUUUAGGAAAGACCCCUGAAUUGUAUAGUUGCAAGUUGUUUUAAACUGUGCAAGUUAGACAUUAAAGGAGCAUUGCCUAUUGGAAACCAGAGCAAUAAUUGGUAUCAAGAAAUCUUGACCACAGGCACUGUGGCCACCUCUACUGUUUUUAGAUCCUCUGUGGCAACAGAGUUUAAUACAGCGUGCUAACUGUACUGCUAUGUCAAUGAAUUGUUCUAUAAAAGUUUAUGGAAAUUAUAUUUAUUGAAUAAAUCUUUUGACUUUUAA